CAAGCUGUGACCCUUGGGGAUCACCAAGGGACGCCAAAUGGCUGCCCUCAUGGGCCCCCAGGGCCACCUGGUGAAUGGCCUCUUGUUGUCAGUGUCCAUCCUGGCCCUGUGGCUGCCCCGAUGCUCCCAGGCCUCCCUCAGCAUCCAGAAGAUUCCAGAAAUGCCCCAGAAGAACCAGGAUCUCCUCCUCUCCCUCCAUGGGGUCCCCAGCACCUUCCAGGAUGUCACCUGGUACCUGGGAGAGACCACGGAUGGGGGUACCAGGCUGUUCACCUACAUCCCAGAGCUGCCCCGGCCCCAGAGGGACGGCGAGGCCAUGGGGCAGAGGGACAUGGUCGGCUUCCGCAAUGGCUCCCUGCUGCUGCGCCAUGCCCAGCCCAGCGACAGCGGCGUCUACCACGUCGCCCUGGCCGUCAACACGGCCUGGACCAUGCGGGCCAAGGCUCACGUCCAGGUGGCCGAAGCACCCACAGAGCCCACCACCGUACAUGUGCCCAUUAACGCCGGGGUGGUGGCCGCUGCCAUCGUGGGGCCUCUGGCCGUGGGCAGCCUCCUCAUCGGUGGCCUUGCCUAUCUCCUGGUGACGCGGGGAUGGAGGGACCAAAGUUCCAGGAUGCCAGCCACAGAGAAGCCAGAGCUGAGACCCAGCAAUGACGCACGUGACAGCAACGUGUAUGAAGUGAUGCCGUCCCCAGUUCUGCUGCUGGCCCCUGUCAGCAGCCCGGGACUCCUGACCCCAGCCUCGCCCCCACUUCCUGAGCCAGAGCCACAGCCGGAACCCCAACACUACCAGGACCUGCUCAACCCGGACCCAGCCCCUUACUGUCAGCUGGUGCCGACUGCCUGAUGGCACAGCCCCUGCCAUCUUCUGGGGG